AUGGUCCGUCUGAGCAAUAGCCUCGUGGGCAUCCUCAACCUCCUCACCUUCGUCCUCUCGGUCCCAAUCCUCGGCUCCGGCAUAUGGCUCCUGAAACGGGCCAGCACCGACUGUGAGAAGUUCCUUGAGCGGCCUGUCAUUGCCCUUGGCGUCUUCCUCAUGCUCGUCUCCCUCGCCGGCCUCAUCGGUGCUUGCUGCCGCGUGUCCUGGCUCCUCUGGCUCUACCUCCUCGUCACCUUCUUGCUCAUUAUCCUCUUGUUCUGCUUCACCAUCUUUGCCUUUGUCGUGACGAACAAGGGGGCUGGUGAGGCUCUCAGUGGGCGAGGGUAUAAGGAGUAUCGGCUCGGGGAUUACUCGCAUUGGUUGCAGAAGCGGGUCAACAGCACCAAGAAUUGGAGCAAGAUCAAGAGCUGCCUGAGUGACAGCAUGGUCUGCUCGAUCUUUCAAGACAAGUACUUUAGGGACACGAGCGAGAAGUUUUACAUCGAGCACUUGUCUUCUCUUCAGUCUGGUUGCUGCAAGCCGUCGAAUGACUGCAAUUUCACCUACGUGAACCCGACCGUAUGGAACAAGACUGCUGAUUCUGUCUACUCUAACCCCGAUUGUAAUGCGUGGGACAACGAUCCCAAGGUUCUGUGCUACAAUUGCCAGUCGUGCAAGGCCGGGCUUUUGCAGGGUAUCAAGAGCGACUGGAAGAAAGUGGCCGUGGUCAACAUCAUAUUCCUCCUCUUCCUCAUUGUUGUAUACUCGGUGGGUUGCUGCGCCUUCAGGAACAGUAGAGAGGACAACUAUUAUAGAAAACGAGGGGCCCUACUAAAUUGA